UGAACAGUCGACGCACUCAACGGUCGCCAAGGCAGCUUGGCUUUGAAAAACACUAAUAAAACCUUGUCGUCAGUUCGAUUCACUGUGCUUCGUGAGUGUGUUUCGCGGGUGAAUUCAAGAUCUUUUCGUUGCGUGUGAGUGAAUUCGUGGUGCCGGCAGCGUGAGGAAAAACUUUUGGAGGUGUUGAAGAUCUCCUCGUGACGUCCGGGAUCCACUCAAGAUUCCGCACGCAGACAUGAAUCGCCGUCAGGACAGCCGAAUGAUAAGCGAAAUGAAGGAGCAACUCCGAAGGUUACAGGAACGCCGCCAAGAACUCGAAUCGCGCCAAGUGGAUGAGGAAGAAGCACUCGGACAGAAAUCGAUUGUUCCUCACCUCGCCAGAGUAAUGAGGGAUCGCCAAUGGGCUCAGGUUCGUUCCAUGAUUCAGAGCAAUAUGGAGUGCAUCGAUCAAGACAUUCAAGAGACGAUUGGAAGAUUAGGGGCGGCCAUGCUGGAGGAGACGGGCGAUCCUGCACAAUCUCCGCGUCGUUCGCAACGACAUUUUCCCGAUUUGAUACCCCGAAAAGCGAGUCAAUCUCCGCAAAAGCCGAAGACGGAACAACCCGUCCAUUCAUUUUCAAGCAACCAACAACAACCCGGAUUCCUUCCCCAACCGGGCAGUCCGUCUCGUCAAGCUCUGCUGGAAGCUGUUAAAGAAACCCUGGAGAGACGCAAGAAACCGGCAAUUGAUGAAGAAGAAGAAAAAGGAAAAGAGUCUGAGCAAUCUCCGCGCGUCGGAUUCUAUCGAUUCCGUCACACAGAGACAGUUGCUGCUGCAGUCCAGGAAGACAAGCUAAGCCGACUAAGCGUUCAAAAGCUUCCGUCUGUCACUAUUGCCACGCGAAAGCCGGAUCGUCCCCUAAAUCACGUCAUCAGCGUCCAAAGUCCAUCGAUCGUCUCGACGAUUUGCCAGUCGCCUGCAUCCGUCGAAUUGCUGACUGAACGCACUGCCAGUAGCAGCAGCAGCAGCGCCAACCACCACCAGCAGCAGUCGCCACCCAACUUGGAAAUCCAGCCGGAUGAUGUGGCCCGCCUCUUUUGCGACCUCCUGGCCACUCAACUGGAACUAGCUGUCGAUUCGAUUGGCCCAAUCCAGCAACCUGAAUCUCCCAGGCAAUGUCAACGUGACAACGACGACGACGACGACAACGAGUUCCGGCUAACAAUCGAUAGCUGCACGCAGACGACUAUCUGCAACGUCAAGGACUCUUCAACCGUGAUGGAAAGAUGGCAUCAAACGGAUAGAGCGGUCGGUCCGGAUCGUCCUGUUUCAUCGGAUUCGGAAGAAGAAGAAAUAAUGCAAGUUUCCAGUAAAGUCGAACAAGAAGUAAAAGUAGAAGAAGAAGUAGACGAACCGUUGACUCCGCCGAGGACAAGUUGCAAUAAUAUUGUUCCGGACCCGGCGCCACCACUGGAUUUGAAUCUCUGGAGACGACGCUACCCUCCUACGCCACCUUCUUCCUGUUUCGAAUCCUUAAUCAGACAAGUCGAAGCUGCCGCUCACGAAUCUUUGUCCAACAUGACAGCCGUUGCUUCUUCUUCUUCCUCCUCCUCGGACGCUACCGGAAUACUACUAUCAUCCAGCAGCCUUUCCACCAACGCAUCUUCCUCCAGUGCCACCGUUGCCGUGAGUUGGUUGUCAGAAGGCGAAGUGCCAAACCGUGUCACCAGUCCCGGGCAGGUCGCUGUUCAAAAAAUAAGAGGAGCGACUGGAAAUAACAUGGAUCGAUCCGCCGAAGUGACGCUCAGUGAAGGGCAAAUCCCUUUUAGGGAUAUUGUUCCAUCAUCCAACUUCCGGUUGGCGUCGACGCUGCUAGAUGGCAGUUCGCAGGGCGAAAUCCUUUUACCGCAACAACAAACGUCAAGAUCGGAUUCAACCGCCAGUUUCCAAUCGGCCACCGGAAGUCUGGGCGAGAUUCCGGCUGAACGAUUCAGCCCCACAGAUGACGACUUGGAAUCUGAAUGAAAAAAUGGCGUCUAUUUUGUUACCUGUACAAAACUCAUCAUUGUUUACAGCAACUCUCACGAUUCCGACGUCCAUCUAUACUCAACUCACAAACUGAACAAAUACACAAAGUGUAGUUUUUGAACUGA